AUGCUCGCACUCUACUUCCUCGCUGCCGGCAUCCUGUACGUCGUCUAUGAGCGGCUCGUAUUAUCUCCACUGGGCAAGAUCCCGGGACCCUCGCUCGCUGGAGCGACGCGGCUGGUGCUCAUGUACCACGAGUUUACUGGAACAAGGACACAAUGGAUCCACGAGCUCCACCUCCGGUAUGGCUCAGUUGUGCGGAUCGCCCCAGACGAGGUGUCAUUCGCGAGCUGGAAUGCUGUCAAGGAGCUAUAUGUCUCCGAGGGCAGCGGGUACGAGAAGACCGGGUUUUACAAGUUGUUUGACAACUACAGCGCUAUGUGCAUGUUCUCCACCAUAACGAAGGGUCCCCAUGGAGAACGCAAGAAGAUAUUCUCCGAUAGAUACACCAAGUCGUAUAUCAUGCAGCCAGAGACUGUGAGCGGGAUUCAAGACCGCGCUGAAGAAUGUAUCAACAUAUGCACGGAGAACGUCGGCAAAGCUGUUGAUGUCUAUGUUCUUCUACAUUGCUAUGGACUCGACUGUAUCACGUAUCACCUGUUCGACCCGCUGGGGACGCACACACUGGCUGACCCAGCGGACCGAAUGAAGAUGAAGGAAAUCGCGUACCAAGACAACCUCAUAGAUUCAUACAAGGAGUACUACCUCACCAAAAUGAUCCCCAGCGAGGUCGUUACCUUGUUGUACAAGUACUUAGUCCGUCGUCCUGCCCGGCCACAGCGCAUCACGACGCAGGUGAUGAACACCGCCCGGCGGAGCGACGUUGCGAGCCACACAGUGCUCUCCAAGCUCCUCGAGGCCAACCUGCCCGCGGAGUCCAUCGCUUCGGAGAUGUUUGACCACACCAUCGCGGGGCACGAUACGACGGGCGACGGGCUUUGCUUCCUCAUGCACGAGCUGUCCCUUCCGCGCUCCGCCGCGAUUCAGGAGAGUCUGCAGCACGAGCUCGCAGAGAACCCUAGCGCACCUAUAGACGACCUGCCAUACCUCGACGCGGUCGUGAAGGAAGGGCUCAGAUGCUUCUCGCCCAGCCCGAUGAGCCUCCCGCGCAGGGUGCCGAAGGGCGGGCGGCGCGUUAGCGACGCAUACAUACCGGAGAACACGAUCGUGAGCUGCCAAGCGUAUACGCUGCAUCGCCUCGACGAGAGGGUGUUCCCGAAUCCUGACGCGUUUAUGCCCGAGCGGUGGUUGGAGUCCGAGGGCAUCAUGGAGCGGAACCAACUGUUCUUUGCUUUUGGUGCGGGCGGGAGGGGAUGCAUCGGGAAGCACCUCGCACUGUUGGAAAUGAAGCUGCUGUUAAGAGAGGCAUACUCGAGCUAUCGCACUCGAGUUGCACCGGAGAUGUCGGCAUCCAUGGAGCGGGACGACCAGUUUAUUGUGUCGCGGCCAAAGGGACAGCAGUGCCUUCUGAUCUUCGAGAAGCUAUAA